AUGCCAACAGCCGCCAAUGCCGCAUCCUGCGCCUCCAGGAAGGCCGCCGCAAAGAAGAAGCACGCCCAAAAAAACACGCCAAAACACGUCGGGCCGGGGUGGAAUCAAAACGCCCCACCCCCCUCGCGUUUUGAUGAUGCGAGACGACUCGCAGCUCCGCUCGUCCCUGCCGCCACCAGCGCUCUGCCGCCGCCAUCAGCGCUCUGCCACGCUGCCGCCGCCGGCGUCUACGCCUACCAGUGUCCUGAAGUAGAUUCCUUCUUCCGUCGAGGCUUUCCUCCGCCCCCGGCGCCUCCAUCCCUUCUCGAAUCCAUCAAACCUCACCACCGCCGAUUCGCAGAUCCUUGCGCAGCUCCCGCAGCUCCCCAUCUCCGUGGAAGUUUGGCCUUCUCUCAGAGUUGUGGAUGUUUGCUUAGUACCUUAGUUACAUGUUGGAGAAGAAAGCAUCGGCACUGCUAUGUUGUCUAUCCUCAGGUCAUAUUCAAACACAUAUUGGAAGCCUGCAACCGGUGGAGUGAAUGGAUGGCCCGCUUCAACUCUAGAUUUUAUGGUGUGUCAUUUGUGGGGUGAACAAUAACAAGCUAGUCCAUGAUACCCAUUUUAUAUUCAUUCCCUUGCUCUUUUCUACUUGAUAUAAACUCAUUUGUAUGUAUGCCUUAUGACCAAACCUGUGUUGAUUCAUGAGAGAUGUAAGUUCCCAGCAGAGAUUAUACGGUAUAACCUGUGUUGCUGUGUUGGGAUCAUGAGAGAAAUGUUGCCUGGCAGUUUGCAAGUUAAACCCAUACUCCCCUGUUCCUAAGAUUGCACUAUCUAUAGUUAUUAUUUUUGCAUAAUUCUCAUGGUGGCUUAUGUCUUCGCAAGCAUUCCAUCCCAAACCAUGAAAUUAUAACAUGAGUUAGUUUCACUGCCAA